CGUGAAAUCACCUCAACCACUUCUUCAACCACAGCGUCAUCAUCUUCACUACUCCUACCGCCUAAUGAGCGCAAAACUCAAGCCCGCCGCCCGCGUGGCCGGCAACCGCCAGGAUGUUUGGACCAUCGUCAACGAGGCCGCCGCCGCCUCGCCCAGACAGCCCAUCGUCAACAUGGGCCAGGGUUUCUUUGGCUACAACCCUCCCGAGUUCAUCCUGAACGCGGCCAAGAAGGCUCUGGACCGAGUCGAAUGCAACCAGUACUCCCCAACCCGCGGCCGUCCUAGGCUAAGGAAGGCCCUCUCCAAGGCCUAUGCGCCUCACUGGGGGCGUGAGCUGGAUCCAGAGACCGAGAUCACCAUCACUACGGGCGCCAACGAGGGUAUGCUCAGCGCCUUCAUGGCCUUCAUCGAGCCGGGUGACGAGGUUAUUGUGUUUGAGCCUUUCUUCGACCAGUAUAUCAGCAACAUCGAGAUGCCCGGCGGCAAGAUCGUGUAUGUGCCCAUGCACCCGCCCAAGGAGGGCCACAUCAAGACGCUGUCGGCGUCCGAGUGGACCAUUGACUUUGACGAGCUCGAGCGCGCCGUCACUCCGCGCACCAAGAUGCUCGUCAUCAACACCCCGCACAACCCCGUUGGCAAGGUCUUCUCGCGCGCCGAGCUCGAGCGCAUCGCCGACUUGUGCGUCAAGAACCAGAUCAUCAUUCUCUCGGAUGAAGUCUACGACCGCCUCUUUUACACCCCCUUUACCCGCAUGGCUACCUUGUCCCCCGAGGUCGAGAAGAUCACCCUCACCGUCGGCUCCGCCGGCAAGAACUUUUACGCCACCGGCUGGCGCGUCGGCUGGCUCAUGGGCCCUGCCGAGCUGAUCCAGUACGUGGCCGCCGCGCACACGCGCAUCUGCUACUCGUCCGUCUCGCCCCUCCAAGAAGCCUGCGCCAUCGGCUUCGAGGAGGCCGACCAACAGGGGUUCUGGACGCAAUGCAUCGAGGAUAUGCAGAACAAGAUGAGCCGGUUCAACGCCAUCUGGGACGAGCUCGGCCUGCCGUACUCAAUCCCCGAGGGCGGGUACUUUGUCAUGGCCAACUUGAACAAGGUGGAGAUUCCUGAGGGGUACCCCUUCCCGCCACAUGUGGCGGAGCGCCCGAGGGAUUUCAAGCUGGCGUGGUUCUUGAUUCAGGAGCUGGGCGUGGCGGCGAUCCCACCCAGUGAGUUUUAUACGGAUGUGAAUGCGCAUAUUGUGGAGGACUGGUUGCGGUUCGCGGUGUGCAAGCCUGAUGAGGUGUUGGAGGAUGCUAAGGAGAGGCUGAGGGGGUUGAAGAAGUUUAUUAAGCAGUAAAAGGGGGAAUAGAGAUGGUGGUCAUAGAUCUUGCGAUGAUUUGAACAGAGGAUUUUGGAAAGACAAUACCUUUGCUACUACACGGUGACCUUCCAUAUGAAGGCAUUUCAGACAGUCAGAGUGCGUAUUCUCUUCCUUUUGCCCCUCAAAACACAUUUUAAGGGUCUAUUAGGUAGGGCUUGAUUGAAACGAUCUAAUAGCAUUUAGAGCACAGCCAAACUCUUAAAACCCCAUCCUCUGUAUCAUGAGUGAUGAUCAGUCCUCAUUUGACCUUUAUUUUCUAGUGUUACUUGGCAAAAUGAAUGCUCUGGGUAUACGAGUAAGACAGAAGACCUUGCUUGCCCAUUUCACCGCCAAAACCACUGUCCUUGAAGCCGGAGAAGUAGGCGCCCAUGUGUGGCCUUUCAGAUUUGUUGAUCCAGACACCCCCGGCUUCCAGACGACGAGCAAUCCGUUCCGCUUGAGCCAGGUCGGAGGAGUAAACGGAAGCACCAAGCCCAGCAUUGGCCAAGUUGGAGCGGUUGAUAACAUCGUCUUCGUCGGACCAGCUCAUCACAGGGAGGACGGGUCCAAACUGUUCUUCCUUAACCAACACCGAUUCGUCUGGCGGUCCCUUAACAAUUGUCGGCUCCAACCAAAACCCCUUCUUCCCCUCCGCAUUCCCACUCUCCCUCACCUCGCCUCCCGCCACGAUCUCAUACCCCUUCCCUUUACAAUCCUUGACGAUCCUC